AUGGCCGAACAUCACAAUGAGGAGGAUGAGCAUCGAAGGAACGAAGAAGAAGUGAUAUUUCCGGAGGGUAGUAUGGAUAUCUCCGAUCAAAUCGGGAGAGCUCUAGAGAAGUACACCCCUCUUUUACUUAAGAGGCUUAAUCAAACAAUGGAAGGAGCAAUGAAUGAGCAUAUUGCUCAAAUGAUUAGGGAGGAGGUUGCAAUCAAUGUGCAACGGGAGUUUGAAAAAUGUGAAGCCAAGGAUAAGGGUAAGAAGGAUGAGGAGGAAAAAGAUGUGGAGGUUACGGGAGGAAUAAUUUAUAAGAAGAAAUUCACAUUCCGAGACUUUGAGGUAUGCCACCCACCUGAGUAUCACGGUGAUCGUGAUCCUAUUGUUUGUACUCGGUGGAUAUCGGAGAUUGAAGGGGCGUUCCGUACUAGUCAAUGCCCCUCACAUUUGAAGGUGAUCUUUGCAGUUGUUAUGCUGAGAAAUAGUGGAAAACGUUGGUGGGACGGAUUGUUGGCAAUCAAGAAGGGGGCUUUGGAUAAUGUUGAAUGGCCCGAAUUCAAGGCUAUGUUCUUUAAGGAAUUUCGGUCGGAAGCCGAAGUGACCAAGUUGAGAAGUGAAUUUCUCAACGAUUGUCAAGAUAGCAUGAGCUUGAAUGAAUUUCGAGCCCAAUUCUUGGACAAGGCUCAAAUUUGCCCGGAAUUUCUCGAUAAUGAUCAAUUGCUCAAAGAGCAAUUUUACUUGAAGUUGAAAAAGAGCCUACGAGAGAAGAUUAGCUUAUGUCAAAUGGAGUCCUUCUCCAUGUUGGCGGAUGUAGCACGGGACCAUGAAAUCGAGCAAAGUCGAGUCGAUGAAGAAGGCCCAAGAAGAAAGAUUGAGGGUAGUAACUCCCCAAACAAGAAGCCUAGGCAAGUUGAAGGUUCAAGUGGAAGGUUCGCAAGGAACGACAUUCCUUUUUGCCAUCAAUGCAAAAGGAACCAUCCGGGUGUGUGCAAAGCGUCGAUGAAGGGAUGUUAUAAUUGUGGACAGGUGGGGCAUAUGAGUCGAGAUUGCAAGGCGGGGCCGGAGAAGUCAAUCAUAUGCUUUAAAUGUUUUGAAGGGGGACACAUGAGGAGUUCUUGUCCUACACUAACCGAAGAAGAAAGGCAAGAGGAGAAGAGGAAGGACGUGGAAAGAAGGAAUGCUCGAGCUUAUGGAAACCAACAAGGUAGGUCUUUCCAACUUAUCUUAAAGCAAAAUGAAGAUGUUAAUAAUGUGGUCCCAUGUACACUUCUUAGGAGUAAUGUCCGUAUGCGAAAUAUUUCAAUUCUUGGAGUCUAA